AUUUAUUGUUCUAUUAAUCAGUCCCACAUAGAGAAAUACCAGACCAGGAAACUAGAGUCCAGGGGUCUAUUUUUUGCAUAGAAAAGAGGUCAUCAUGGUGAAUCCAGAUCACGUGUUUCACGUGGCAGACUACUGCAUUUUUGCCGUAACAAUCAUAGUCUCGUUAGGUAUAGGUCUGUACUAUGCAUUGUCUGGCGGAAAACAACGAACAACUUCGGAGUACUUCGUAGGUAAUCGGAAGAUGGCGAUACUUCCGGUAGCCAUUUCCCUGAUGGUGUCGUUUGAAUCGUCAAUCAUGAUGUUGGGUACUCCGGCAGAGGUGUAUGUAUACGGGAUGCAAUGGCUUAUUGGUAAUCUUGGAUUCUUCAUCGCAAAUACACUGUCCAUCAUCGUAGUUGUUCCACUUGUACAUCCAUUAAAGAUAACUAGCGCAUACGAGUAUCUGGAGUUGAGGUUUGAUUCUCAUGCCGUCAGAAUACUUGGUACAGUCCUAGGAAUGCUCAGUUAUACUGCCUAUAUGGGUAUAGUUUUGUUUGGUCCUGCAAUAGCCCUUGAAGCAGUGACUGGAUUUCCACAAUGGGGCUCAAUAGUAUCUGUUGCGCUUGCCUCAGUUAUCUACACAUCUAUCGGCGGUUUAAAAGCAGUUAUCUGGACUGAUGUAUUUCAAUGCGGGGUGAUGUUUGCCGGAUUCUUUGCUGUUCUUAUCAAGGGAACUAUGCAAAUAGGCGGCAUUGGGAAAACCUGGGAAAUAGCAAGCCGGAAUGGGAGGGUCAAUUUCUUCAAUUUCGACACGGAUCCUACUGUGAGGCAUACGUUUUGGAAUCUAUUCGUUGGAAAUAUAAUUCGGGGAUUCGGACUUGUCUUUAACCAGUCUUCCAUCCAGCGAAUCAGCUCAACGCCAACCGUGGGUGCUGCUAAAAAGGUUCUGAUGUUUGUCGCCCCUGGAUUCUUUCUGUCCCUGUCAUUGGCUGGUAUUGAAGGGGUCAUCGCCUAUGCCUAUUACGACACUCUAGGAUGUGAUCCUCUAAAGUCAAAACAAAUCAAAAAUCCUAACCAGAUAGUUCCGUAUAUGGUGAUGGACAUAUUUAAAGAUAUGCAAGGCAUGCCGGGACUGUUCAUGGCCUCGCUCUUCAGUGCAUCUCUUAGCACGUUGUCAUCCGGAUUAAGUAGUCUUUCAGCGUUGUUCUGGACUGACCUUGUCAAGCCUCAUGUGAAACCAAUGUCUGAAUUCAAGGCUACCUUACUUUCAAAACUAUCAGUGGUAAUUUUUGGUGGACUGGCCGUAUUUGUUGCGUUUAUGAUUGCAUUGAUAGGAGGCACGUUAAUUCAGAUUACUGGAAGUCUUUUGUCGGCAUUUGGUGGACCUCUAAGUGGAUUGUUUAUGUUCGGAGCGUUUUGUCCUUGGGGAAAUUCAAAGGGAGCAUUUUGGGGAACGAUUAUGUCAGCCGUCGUCACUUUCGUUAUUGCAAUCGGUCAAAUGACAACGAAAGGUUCUGUUAAGAACACAAAACUACCAUCUGCACCGAUUGACUCAUGUCCAGCGUUUGAAGUUGUCACCUUUCUUGCAAAUAUGACGAUGGGGAACGACACAACAAUAUCAACAAUGGCAAAUAUGACGUCAACUAUGACGUCAUUAGCAAGCACGAUGGGGUCAAUGGACACCGUUGCCAAUGUUAUUCCAGAACCUACAGGGAUAAGUCGUUUGUUCAUGGUAUCGUAUCAGUGGUUUGGAGGAAUCGGUGUCAUUCAGGUUAUGUUAUAUGGAACAAUUAUUUCUUUAUGCACAGGUCGCAAAAAGCCAGGGGAGGUAAAGAGGAAAUAUCUCAUUCCUUUUUAUGAUAGUUUAUUCCCAUUUCUACCUGAAUGUAUUCGUAAACCACUGAGAUGUGGGUACCACUUUGAAAAUGAGGAUGAAGAAGACGAAGAAAAGUCUGCUACAGUGUAUAACAAGCUAGGGGACAAAGAUCUGGAUGUUUUCCAUGUUGAUCUAGUUAUCGAGGAGAAACAAAAUGGCGUAAUUGAAACACAGCCUAAAUCUGACACGGAUAUUACCAAUACAAAUGGAGAUGCUGUUCUUAUCAAUAAUGAAAUAACCGAUGAAAUUGAUGGUGAAGAUACUCCAAUAGAAGAUGCAAGAGUAUCUCAGUCAGUCGAUGACCUUACAUCACGUCAAAUGCAAGUGAAAGAUAUGGAAAUAGAUAUAUUAAGGGGAGGUGCUAGCUCGGAAUAUAUAGUUAUGGACAAGUUAGAUGACAGUAGAAUAAUAAAAUUGAGAACGAAAAGUAUUGAAAUGAACAUACAACAAGACACAAAGAUGGUCAAUCCGUAUCACGAGUUCCACAUUGCGGAUUAUUGCAUUUUUGCAGUAACCAUCGUGACUUCGCUAGGUAUCGGCAUCUAUUAUGCACUUUCCGGCGGAAAACAACGAACAACAUCGGAGUACUUUGUUGGGAAUCGGAAAAUGGCGAUACUUCCGGUUGCCAUUUCCCUAAUGGUGUCCUUUGAAUCGUCAAUUAUGAUGCUAGGCAUUCCUGCAGAGAUUUACGUGUACGGUUUGCAAUGGUUUAUGGGUAACCUCGGAUACUUCAUUGCCAACCUCCUUUCGAUUUUCAUAGUGGUUCCACUCGUUCAUCCACUAAAGAUAACCAGCGUUUAUGAGUAUCUGGAAUUGCGAUUUGAUUCACAUGCUGUUCGGAUCCUAGGUACGAUACUCGGAAUGUUGAGUUAUACAGCCUAUAUGGGUAUUGUGUUAUUUGGACCAGCUAUAGCUUUAGAGGCAGUAACUGGGUUUCCUCAGUGGGGAUCGAUAGUAUCAGUGGCCAUCGCUUCAGUUAUAUAUACAUCUAUUGGAGGGUUAAAAGCCGUUAUCUGGACGGAUGUUUUUCAAUGUGCGGUAAUGUUUGCCGGAGUUUUUGCUGUGCUUAUUAAGGGGACAAUACAAAAUGGUGGUAUAAGUAGAACAUGGGAGAUUGCGUACGAAAAGGGUCGAGUGAAUUUAUUCAAUUUUGACCCUGAUCCAACUGUGAGACACACUUUCUGGAACUUGUUUGUUGGCAGCAUCAUGAGAGGAUUCGGUCUCGUCUUUAACCAGGCUUCUAUACAGAGGAUCAGCUCUACACCAACAGUCGGCGCAGCUAGAAAGGUGCUAAUGCUUGUAGCUCCAGGUUUCUUUAUAACCUUGACCUUGGCUGGUAUCGAAGGUAUUGUUGCUUACGCGUACUAUGAUACGCUAGGAUGUGAUCCCCUGAAGUCCAAGCAAAUAAAAAACCCAAAUCAGAUAAUUCCCUAUAUGGUGAUGGACAUAUUCCGAAACCUUCCUGGUAUGCCGGGACUGUUCAUGGCUUCCCUAUUCAGUGCAUCUCUCAGCACGUUAUCAUCUGGACUGAGCGGCUUAUCAGCCUUAUUUUGGACAGAUCUGAUUAAACCACACGUGAAACCCAUGUCUGAAUUCAGAGCAACACUGAUCUCCAAAUUAUCUGUGUUUGUAUUUGGUGGAUUGGCAGUAUUUGUAGCAUUUAUGAUCGCGUUAGUUGGGGGUACCUUAGUUCAGAUCACUGGAAGUAUUCUGUCGGCAUUUGGUGCACCUCUUAGCGGCUUAUUUAUGUUUGGAGCGUUCUGUCCAUGGGGUAAUGCUAAGGGAGGUUUCUGGGGAACAAUUCUAUCUGCCAUUGUUACAUUCACCUUUGCACUCGGACAAAUGACAACAAAAGGUUCUGUGAAGAAUACAAGACUGCCGUCUGCACCAGUUGACUCCUGUCCAGCUGUUGAAGUCUUCAGUUUACUGGCAAAUAUGACGCUUACUAAUAUGACGUCUGAUGCAUACUUCACGAAUGUGACGUCAUCGAUGUCAAAUCUGACUAGUUCAAUCAGCGGAAUAGAGAUAAAUCCGUACGACUAUCCAGAACCUACAGGAAUUCGGCGAAUGUUUAUGUUGUCGUACAAAUGGUUUGGACCUUUUGGUGUGGUACAGACCAUCAUAUUGGGUUUUCAUUCACUGGACGGUUUAGAUCUAAACCUUGACCCUGCUGGAACUAAAAGUGACCCUUCGUUGUCACAAGACGACGACAAGGUGCCCCCGGUCGUUUACGAUAAGAUUGGUGAUAAAGAUGUUAAUAUAUACAACGUCGAUCUGAUUGUUGGGAACAACACAGGUGUGGUUGACAAGCAACCCAAUAGCGAUAACCAUAUCGCUCAUCAGAAUGGGGGAGUUGAUCUGGUACAUCGGCAAAAAGAUGAGUCCUCGUCACCAAAUACAACAGAUGGAACGGUCAUUCAUUCAGUUGAGGAAUUAUCUCCGCGAACAAUACCUGUAAAAGAUAUGGAACUGAGUAUUAUGAAGGGUGGAGUAAGUUCCGAGUGUGUUGUAAUGGACAAUAUGGAUGACGGGAGAAUUCUUAACAACGUGAGAACGAAAAGCAUGGAGUUUGAUAUAAAACAAGACACUCCAAAUGUUGAUUUUUAA